AUACACUGAUCUCCUACUGGCAGAGGGCACCAUUUACAGAAAUAACAGAUUUUUUCAGCAUUUUAGAGGUUUGCCUUCAGAAUUUCAGAUAUCUAGGAAAACGAAAUAUAGUAAGGAAAAUUGCUGCUGCAGUUAAGUUUGCUCAGACCACCCGGAAUAAUGGAACAUUGAAAGGCUCCAGUUCAUCCUGUCAAACCUCUGGACUUCUGCCACAGUGGGCACAUUCUGCUUCUAGCAGUGAGGUUCACAAGCAUCAUAGAUCCCAAACUUUACCAAUAAUCCGUGGGAAAAAUGCCCUUUCCAAUCAUAAACUCCUACAGAUGAUAGAUAGUACCAUUCCAAGUGCCUCUAAUGAAACAGAUCUUGUGAGUUAUGUAGAUACGGAAGCCAACACGGCAACAGAAGUUUGCCUUUCUAUACUCGAUCUGUUAUGUCUUUUCACUGAGCAUCAUCAGAGACAGCUGCAGCAGUCAGAUUGCCAGAAUACAAUGAUGAAGAAAGUAUUUGAUACUUACCUAUUAUUUUUACAAAUUAAUAAUUCUGCAGCAGCUCUCAAACAUGUAUUUGCUGCUUUGAGAUUGUUUGUGAGUAAGUUUCCAUCAGCAUUCUUCCAAGGGCUGUCAGAAUUGUACUAUGACAUCCAUAGAUCCUAUCUGAAAGUCGCAGAAGUUGUGAAUUCUGAAAAACGCUUAUUUGGACGAUACUACCGUGUGGCAUUUUAUGGCCAAGGCUUUUUUGAAGAGGAAGAGGGUAAGGAAUAUAUUUACAAAGAGCCCAAAUUAACAGGCCUAUCUGAGAUCUCUCAGCGACUGAUGAAACUUUAUGCAGACAAGUUUGGAGCAGACAAUGUGAAGAUAAUCCAAGAUUCCAAUAAGGUUAACCCGAAAGACCUAGAUCCUAAAUAUGCAUAUAUCCAAGUAACCUAUGUCACACCCUUCUUUGAAGAGAAAGAAGCCGGAGAACGUAAGACUGACUUUGAAAUGCAUCACAAUAUCAACCACUUUGUGUUUGAAACGCCGUUCACCUUGUCAGGAAAGAAGCAUGGGGGCGUAGAAGAGCAAUGCAAAAGACGGACAAUUUUGACAACUAGCCAUUUAUUUCCAUACGUGAAGAAAAGGAUACAAGUCGUAAAUCAGACCAGCACAGAACUGAACCCC